GAGGUUUAUAACUGGCUUAAUUAGUUUGUUUUUUUAGAAAAAAAUUCUCCUCAUUUUCUUUGUUCUUUUUAUGGUUCUUGAUCUUUUUAUCAUUUGCACACGUAUAACUAUAUAUGCAAUUCUGAUGAUCCCCCCUAAAACUUUCCAGGAUUACUAUAUGUGUAACUCUGAUGUUGCCUGACGAUAUAUAUGAUAUGAUGAGAGGUUUUAGCAAAUUUCAGGCCUCAUCUUCUUUGGUCUUUUGUGCACGGUUCUUGAUCUUUUUGUCAUUUGCACAUGUAACUAUAUUCUUUUUAGUUUCUGUAUUAAUGGUGAGCACAGAUAGAAAACGAUCGCCGAGAAUCGUAGUAUACAACUCAAAUGAGCCACCACCGUAGCUUUAUAAAUGUUCUCCGUUGAAACUCAAGAAACUCUAUAUUUUUUUUCCACACAGCUCUACUCUCCAACAACACAUCUACAGCCAUGCUUAGAUUCAUCACCACCAACACUGAAAGAAAUCCAGUCCUCCUUUGCUUAAGUUUGUGGGUUCUGUUUCUAUCAAUAUGCAUCUCUGGAACAACACCAAGGCUUGGUGCAAUUGGGAGAAAAUACGGUCGAAGUGCAAUGUAUUCAGAUGACUACAAAACUUUCUUUUAUACACAAACUCUAGAUCACUUCAACUAUAGGCCAGAAAGCUAUGAAACUUUUCAACAAAAAUAUGUGAUCAAUUUCAAAUAUUGGGGUGGUGCAACUGUUAGUGCACCUAUUUUUGUUUCGUUAGGAGCAGAGGCCAGUAUAGAUGGAGAUGUUGCUGGGAUUGGAUUCCUGUCUGAUAAUGCUCCUCAAUUUAAAGCUCUCAUUGUCUUUAUAGAGCACCGGUACUACGGAGAAUCGAUCCCAUUUGGAUCCAGGGAAGAAGCAUUUCGGAAUGCUAGUACACUCGGAUACUUUAGUUCGUCCCAAGCUCUGGCAGAUUAUGCUGAAGUUAUCACUAGUUUAAAGAAAAAUCUGUCCGCUGAUUAUUCCCCUGUUAUAGUCAUUGGUGCAUCUUAUGGUGGAAUGCUGGCUUCAUGGUUUCGCCUGAAAUAUCCACAUAUCGCGCAUGGAGCUCUAGCAUCAUCCGCACCGGUUCUGUAUUUUGAUGACGUUGCACCAGAAUAUGGAUAUCUUAGCAUUGUCUCCAAAGAUUAUCGAGAAACUAGCAAGUCUUGUUACGAUGUCAUUAAGCAAUCCUGGUCAGUGAUCGAUUCAGUUGCCUCUGACGAAAAUGGUCUUGCUAUACUCAGUGAAAAGUUCAAGACUUGCUCUCCUUUAAACGAAUCGUCUGAGCUAAAGGACUACUUAGGUUCUAUUUACACUGAAUCUGCACAAUAUGAUGCUCCACCAAAAUACCCAGUCACUCUGAUCUGCAAUGCCAUCGAUGGAGCACCGAGAGGUAGUGACAUUCUUAGUCGGGUACAAUCAGGUGUUGCGGCUUAUAAGGGCAAACGAAAUUGCUAUGAUAUGGGUGAAUUUACUGGUACAGCCGAAACAGACCAAGGAUGGCGAUGGCAGACAUGUAGUGAGAUGGUAAUGCCCAUCGGGGAUGAUGGCAAGGAUACGAUGUUUCAGGCAUCACCCUUCGAUCUUAAGAAUUUCUCCAGAUCCUGCCGAAGCCGGUACAAUGUGGAACCAAGACCGCAUUGGAUAUUAAAUGAGUUCGGAGGAAAGGAUAUAAAACUGGUGCUUCGACAAUUCGCUAGCAACAUCAUUUACUCCAAUGGAUUAAGAGAUCCUUACAGCAGUGGAGGAGUGCUGGAGAGUAUAUCAGACAAUGUCGUAGCCAUUACCACGGAUAAAGGAUCACAUUGUUUGGACGUACUUCAUAAAUCAUGGGAUGAUCCAAAGUGGUUAGUUGAACAGAGAGAGGCUGAGAUUCAGAUUAUCAAAACAUGGAUCGAUGAAUACAAUGUCUUGCGUAUGAUUCAAACAAGUAAAGCUCACCGCCUGGCUCGUUAGUACCAUGAAUGAGAAAGGGGAAACUCUUUUACGGACAAAUUGUCUUCAUGUAUUUGACUUCAGAUUCAAUUAUCAAGCUUCAAGAACAUCAAAAAAGAAUCUUAUAACCAAAUAUUAAUUAUAUUUGCAAGACAUUAAAAAUAUUAAUUAUGGUCCCUUAAUAAAUUAAAUAAAAAGA